AUGAGCUGCAGACAGGAAAUAUUGGACAGCAAGUCGUAUCACUAUGAUCUAAACAUCUCUAUUAUUGUGAUAAACACACCGUUUGCCAUAUUUGCUGUUCUAAGCAAUCUCUUGAUUGUAAUCACAAUCGGCAAGUCUCAAGAACUUCGAGUCCCUGCGAACAUUCUUCUUGGUAGUUUGGCCGUUACAGACCUGCUAGUUGGUUUGAUUACUCAGCCUCUGUUUAUUACCUGGCGCUUGAUGUUACACUACCCAUCAACCAUCUGUAACUCCGAAGUCGUUCAUUCUCUAUAUGAGUGUUUCCUCCAUUUGUGCGCGGGCGGCUCUUUCCUCAGUCUCGCAUACCUCAGUACCGACCGUUUCCUGGCAGUAUCCAAGCCGUUACAUUACCGUGCUAGCGUCACAACAACACAAACCGCGCGUAAUAUGGUCAUACUGUGGCUUGCAUGGAUUUGUAUCGUUGUUCUCCGCUACUCGGGUAUUGACGAAGAAACCAAUCAAACCAUUACUUCGGUCAUUGCUGGCACUUUGGUAAUAUAUCUUGUUGCUGCUCAGAUAGCCUUGAUAGUCAGCGUCAAGCGCAACAGUAUUCAUGAUUUGCUCUCAGAGGGAAACGCCACCGUCAUCGCUUCGAAAAGAGAAGCACGAAUUGCGUUAACCAUUGUUUACAUUUUCUUAGCUCUCCUGGUUUUCCUCCUCCCCGCUGUCGUUGUUCAAAUUGUUUUGGGCUUCACCAGCAGUAAUAAGAGUAAAACCGAGUUGAACUUAGCCAUUUCAGCUCUUUUGAUAAACUCUUCUGUAAACCCACUUAUCUACUUCUGGAGAGGCCGAGACCUGCGCAAGGCAGCACGUCUUCUCUUUCUGGGCCCUACGACUAGAGCAGGCGAUAGCAGAUUGUCGUCUAAUAGCCCUGAUAAAAACAGCGGUGAUAACAGUGGAAGGUCUGUUGAGGAAACUGUUUAG